AAGGUGUGUACAGUCGAUAAAGAGGUGCAACAAAAUGGCGAUCACUGAGUGUGUUUAGUGUUGUUCUCAAGUUUCACGCUAACCAUUUCAGUUGACAGUGACCGCUAUUCUGUCAAUGCAAGAAAAAUAGUGAAAAAAAAUAUGGAGAAUGUUUGACAACUAUAGUAUACACAAAGUUUCAUAUGUGCAAAUUUAAUUUAGCGAACCAAAUAUGGCAUUAAUAACAAUAAAAAACUGACGAUAUUUUUAUUAUUAUAAAAAUAAUUCCUACUUCGAAAUAAAAUAAGAACUAGAUGGAAAAUGUGACAAACAAUUGAAAUUUCUCAAGUGUUUAUAAACAAUUUCAAAUACUGAGUUUCCACUUUAGUCUUAGUGGAAAUAUUUUAACUUAUAAAUAAUCACAAAAUUCGCAAUGAAGUGCUUAAUAUUUAUCAAUUUCAAAGAAAAAGAUAUGCCAAAUACAAUAAAAGAAAAAUGCAUCAGCUAAGCACAUAUGUAAUAGAAAACUGUAACAAUUUAUGAACAUAGUUUUUAUUUCAUCAUGGAAGACUAUACUCCUAUCGAUGAAGACUUCCCAGGUCGGUUAUUGCAUCAAGCUGCUCUUUGGGACAAUGCAGAACUCCUAGAAGACCUUCUACGAGGUGAACAUGCACAGUAUAUAAACAGCCAGGACUCAUGGGGUAGAACACCAUUGCAUGCGGCUGCGAUCACAGAAACCUCAAGAUGCUUGGAUGUCUUAUUAUCAGCUGGUGCUAAUCCGAACAUCCCCUGUGGCCCCAGAGGUCAUUUCCGUACACCAUUGCACAUCUGUGCAGAACAUGGUCACAGUUCCAAUAUUGAGAAGCUGCUGGAGUUCAAUGCAGACUUGAUGAUCACUGACAAUAAUGGUGAGAAACCAAUAGACAUAGUCGAGAAAAACAAUCAGGAAGCUUGCAAGAAUCUGCUAAUCUCAGCAGCAGAGAAGUAUGAGUUGGCAAAACUGGCAACGCAUGCUUCUCUGCGCGCGACUUGCAUCCAGGGAGAUAUCAUAGCAGCUAGGAACAUUAUCCAGGGCCUUACUUCUGAUAUUGAGUUUAUUAUUAACAUGACACCCAAUGGUGCGAACACGUUGUUAUUCACAGCUUGUGAAAUGGGUCACAGGGACAUAGUACGAUUGCUUCUAGACAAUGGUGCAGAUUGUAGAACACACUCUGUGACCAAGUAUUGUCCUCUGUACAUUGCCUGUUACAACGGCAAGGUAGAGAUUGUUGAUCUCCUUCUCAGGCAUUUUCCUAGGCAGGUGCAAUCUUUAACAGUGGAAAGAUGGCUACCAAUUCAUGCAGCAGCUAUAAACGGUCACUACCUGGUUAUUGAUUUAUUAUUGAAGUUUGAAUAUCCACAGUUCAUGUACCAAGGCUAUAAAGACUCAUCGGGUGAAUUUGAGUAUGAGAUGCCAUUUGAUAUAAAUACUCAAGACGUCACUGGGCAAAACGUACUUUACAUAUCCAGUAUGCUUGGAAAUAUUAAGAUCGUAGAACUGUUACUAAAUUACAAGGUAAAAGCGAGAAAGAUUAAGGAGGAGGAUAUGGGAGUGAGUCAACCAUUGCCAAUGUCGAAAAGAAAGAUUUCCAGUGGAAUUCAGAGAUUAAUGUCCAGCCUGAACUUCAGGAGUAAAGCGUUUGAUAAGAAAGAUGAUAACAUGAUGUGUCCCCUGUAUUUGGAUUUGUAUUGUAAUAAUGGCAACGAGACUGCUUUGCACGCAGCUGUUAAAGGCAAGCAUACAGAUGUAGUGGCAGCUUUGCUAAUGGCAGGAGCUGAUCCUAAUUUACCAUUAAAAGUUCCUUACGAUCAGAGCGACCCGGAAAGCAAUUUCUCUAGCGCUUUGGUUAUAGCUUGUCAGCAACGGGACAUAAAGAUAGCCGAACUGUUAUUGAAGCAUGGUGCUGUUGACAACACGUGCAAAGCUAUAAAAAUCGCCGCACAAAACCGGGACGAGCCGUUAACAGCGAAACUACUAUCAAUAAAAGCUUAUCCAGACUCUGAGUACAAAAUUAACAAAAAAGCAAUGACCGAGUGCACUCAAACGUCCCAUUUCUCAGCAUUGCCUUCUUUUGGAAAUGUUACAUACUCAACAUUAUUUCCAAACACGCCGACAAUGAUAAAUUGGCACAAUCAGCAGUGCCAUCUCUCCCAGAUAAGAUCUCAGUGGUUGGUGGACGCUGUGCUGCAUGUGAACAAGAAACUGAAUGCAAAGAACAAUGAUUUGGUCCUCUAUGCUAUCACAAGAAUCGACAUCUCUCGUAAUUCUAUAACUUCUGUACCUUCUACUCUAUUUUACCUGCAGAGUCUACGGUAUCUCAACAUGGCUCAGAACAAGAUAGACACUCUAACUGCUGAUCCGAGGAGCCAGAAAGACAAACUGUGUCCCGUUUUGGAGGAGAUAUACCUCCAGGAUAACAGAUUAGAGCAGCUGCCUGAGUUUAUCAUGAAUCUACCCGUCCUGGAAGUCAUGGACGUCUCAAACAAUAAACUACAAUGUCUCCCAGACAAUCUGUGGCGAGCACCGAAGCUGAAAGAGCUCAACGCGUCCUUCAAUUUACUUAAAGACCUGCCCAGUCAGGUAUCACAAAACAUUCAACGCAAAUCUCAGCGAGAAGACGUUUUAAAUCACAGCCCCAGUAUAGCGUCGCAAUUAGGCAUAGCUCGAGAAGACUCUCUGGAGUUUGAGUCCUUCACCAAGAUAGCAAAUGCUCAGAUCAUCGAGAUGAGCCGUCCUCAUGUGUGGACUAGGUCAGUUCAGGUUUCAGAAAAGAUCGCAGAUGACAAUGAAAAUGGAGCUAGAUCUGUUCUAACAUCUUUAAAUCUGGCACACAACUUAUUCAACAGCAUCCCAGUAGCAUUGCCUUGUCUAGCUGUUAAUUUAGUGAGGCUAAACAUGGCUUAUAAUUCUCUGAGGUCCAUGAGCCACAUAACGUCUUAUCCUGCGAGUCUAAAACAAUUAGACCUGUCUAAUAAUCAGAUCUCUAGGUGGCCCAGCUUGCCACAAGUGGACACAGGUGACCUAAUGGAGCAAGCUAACACUGCUUGCUACUGUCCCACUACCAAUGUCCAGUCGCCAAUUGUUCCAGGCAGCAAUAGACAGACAGCCACGUCUCUGAGAGACGUGGUUCUAAUGUCAGUAUGCACUCACAGACGACAUCUCAGGCUGGAGAACCUGAGGACAUUGAUAAUGGCCAACAAUCUACUAAGUAGGAUUCAAUUGACUUCUAUUGAUGAUGGAGAGAUGCCAGCUUUGGAAGAGGAAAAUAUUGAGAAAGACCUGAAGACGACUUACUCUGGAUCAAAGCAGUAUUUACUGUUCCCCAAUGUCAGCAUGUUGGAUGUCAGCAAUAAUAAAUUGAAAGAAAUACCUCAGAACAUUUACGAGCUCAAUAAUCUAUCAGUAUUGAAUAUAAGUGGCAAUCCUGAUAUUGUUGAACUGCCUCCGCAGAUGGGAUUACUGUCUCGUUUGUGGAACCUAAAUACACAGGGUUGCAGACUGCAGGAGCCUCUGAAGACUAUGAUCGAGUCGAAGAAGUAUAAGACGAUGGAUGUUAUCGGAUAUUUAAAAUCGAUCUUGGAGGACGCUAAACCCUAUGCUCGAAUGAAACUGAUGAUUGUAGGCAUACAGGGAAUUGGAAAGACGAGUUUAUUGGAGCAACUGAGGCAGGAGGGUGAGGUUCCAAACAAGAAGAAAGCCUCUGAGCAUUGGGCAAAGAGAAUGGGUAACAAGAACAUCAAUGCAAAAACUGCCAGAGGGACUAUAAUAUCCACAGUUGGUGUAGACAUUGGGGACUGGAUCUAUGAAAAGAAAGUUAGAGGUCAGUCAUCUCACGGUCCAGUCUAUUUUAGAACCUGGGACUUUGGAGGGCAAAAGGAGUACUAUGCGACUCAUCAGUACUUCUUAUCCAAGCGUAGCUUGUAUCUGGUCGUCUGGAGAAUUACGGACGGCUUUAAGGGCGUAUCAGAGAUCUUCCAAUGGCUAGUAAACAUACAAAGUAGAGCUCCAAACUCCCCAGUGAUUAUCAUUGGCACCCACUAUGAUAUAUCUAACGAGCACAGCGAAGCAUUACAACAGUACAUUCGUGACAAAUUCAUAAAUGUAGUCGACGCUGAGAAGUGUGGCCUGCCGAAAGUCAUGGAGACCAUAGAAGUCAGCUGCAAGACCAGACAUAACAUCAAGAUGCUCUGCAACCUCAUCUACGAUGUUGUUUUUAGCCUGAGGUCACCCGGCAGCAAAGAGCUUCUGCUCGAACAGAAGGUUCCUUCCAGUUACCUUGCCCUGGAGGACGUUGUGAUUCAAUUAGCUCACGACAGAAAGCUGUCUGGAGGAGAUCCAGUACUGAAAGCAGACCAAUACUAUACUGCAGUAAACAAUGAACUGCAGAAGCUGCAUCGGUCUUUCAGAGACCCUGCAGAAUUACAUCAGGCUACGUUGUUCCUGCAUGAGAACGGCAUUAUUCUGCAUUAUGACGAUGCUACGCUAAAAGAUUUGUAUUUUCUAGACCCUCAGUGGCUUUGCGACAUGUUGGCGCACGUGGUGACCAUUCGUGAGAUCAAUCCUUUCGCUAGAUCCGGGAUUAUGAAACUGGACGACAUACAACAUGUAUUCAAAUCCUCUACGAUAUCCUCCAUAGAUACUCAAGGCUACAUCGUGAGUCUGUUAAAUAAGUUUGAAGUGGCUCUAACUUGGGAUUAUCGUACUCUACUGAUUCCCUCUCUGCUUCCAACUGAGGAGGACAUUUUGAGGAACAACCAGCUGAUCAAGAUCCCUGUGAAGACAAGAGGAUGGCAUGUGAGAUCUAAAAAGAUUACAUCUCCUAUAAUUACUUUCCAGAACUCUUCUGAUAAACAGAGUACAGAAUGUGUGUUAACAUCAAGGUCACAACCAGAUUGUUCUGUUACAAGGUUAUUACUUAUGUCUUACUUUCCUAGUGGCUUUUGGUCAAGACUUAUAACCAGAAUAUUAGCUGAUGAUGCUAUAGUCGAGAUAGUGAUGUCUUUUUUGGCGCCAUUCAAAGAUUUUGUCGAUGAUAAUAUUUUUAUAAGUUUGCUAGAUACUCAGGCUGAGUGGGUGCUUUGGCAAACAGGGAUUGAACUGAGAUAUGCUAACAUCACUCUGCUACGUCUCAAAGAAGUCAAUUAUAAUUUAAAAAAUGUCCCAUAUGACUAUAGACAAUUUAAGUUCAAAUUAAAGCAGGAUGGGAUUUGGUGCACAGUGGACUUAAAAAAUUCGGCCAUCUUAGAGAUUUGGUUCCCAGUCGAUACUCUGGUGAUUAAGCAACCUAUAAUGUCUGACUCAGCCGAUGAGGAACCAAUGGGAUAUCAGGCGAUUGUUGUCGAGCCUCGCCCUGAAAGCAUGCCGCAACUAUUAGCUCUGAUAGUCGACCAUAUUGAUAUUUUGUUAGAAGAUUGGUACCCUACACUAGGGACGCGUUUCGUACAUACUUCCGAGGGCAAACUGUUAGUCACUCGUCUGAUUCCUUGCCCCAGAUGUUUAUUAAACAACGGGGAGAAUGAAAAUGACAUUAGUGAUCACGAUCGGUUAGCAGAGGAUAUUCAAAAAUACUAUGUAAACAAGGAAAGACAGAGUCAAGAUAGUUACAAGUCGGACGGAGAUAGCGGAGUGGGUUAUGACAGCCUCACAUCUAGUAGAAUGCCAUCUCUUGAAGGUCAUCCUGAUAUUUCUAAACAAAAUUCCCAUUUUGAGGGUAGUUUAGCUUACUCCUGGAUGGUAGAAGAAUGCAUACUGUCUGCCUAUAGUAAUAAACCCAUCAGUUGUCCUAAACACUCAGAUAUACCUCUGUCACAUGUAGCUCCAGACAUUAUUUUUAUGGAUCUAGGAAUGAAACACCUGAUCAAAUCGGAAGACAUCAAAUUAGGAAAGCUUCUGGGUCGUGGAGCGUUUGGCUUUGUUUUCAAGGGAGUCUGUCGCCUACCAGGCACCUACCAAAAGACUGAUGUUGCUAUCAAGAUGCUGCAACCAGUCCCACCAGGUCCAAAUUCAAAACAGUCGGCAGUGCUGGCUUAUAAGGCUGCGCAGAGCAAGUGGGAUAGAGACCCUCUGCAGUAUGCUUGCAAGGCUUAUUGCACUGCUAGACAAGAGCUAAAUAUUCUGUUAACACUUAGACACACUAACAUUGUUCCCCUAAUUGGUAUAGUCGUUAGUCCUCUUGCAUUAGUGCUAGAUCUAGCACCAGAGGGUGCAUUGGACAAUGUAUUAAAAAACUACAGACGUUCAGGUGCUAAAUUGGAUCCAUACACUUUGCAAACUAUAAUUCUGCAGGUUGCAAAGGCUGUGGAAUAUCUUCACCAACAACAUGUGAUUUAUAGAGACUUAAAAUCAGAAAAUGUUUUGGUCUGGCAGAUGCCUUUGCCUUUUCAAGACCAUCCAGAGCAUCCUGUCCAUGUCAAAGUAGCAGAUUAUGGCAUCUCCAGGCUGACAUUGCCCACUGGUGCAAAGGGGUUUGGUGGAACAGAGGGAUUCAUGGCACCAGAAAUCAUCAAAUACAAUGGCGAAGAAGAGUACACUGAAAAAGUUGACUCUUUUUCAUUUGGGAUGUUCAUAUAUGAAUUGAUCACCCUGAGACAACCGUUUGAAGGUCAUGAGGCAGUCAAAGAAUGCAUUUUAGAGGGCGGCAGGCCACCAUUAACUUACAGGGAGACUUUCCAUCCCUGCUAUGCUUUGGAUUUAAUGGUGAUAUGUUGGGCACAAAACCCUAAAGACAGACCUACAGCUAGUCAGAUAGUCUCCAUUGCUUCUGCACCAGAAUUUACACAUUUAAUAGAUGUUAUAAUGUUAACUGAAAGGACCCAAGUGACAGCUAUCACUAUGACAAAUAGAACUAUAGAAGAAAAUAUAAAUGGAGACGAAAUCUGGUUUGGGCACAACAAUGGCGAAGUGGAUAUGUUACUAGGAACCCAGAAAGGCUGGUUGCAGCAUGUUAGAAUUGAGACUCCUGUGAUACCUUAUGCAAUGUGUGGUGUGGAUGGGUACAUCUGGAUUGGCGACAACGCAGGCCAAGUGCACGUCUAUCUCGGCAGUAAUUUUGGUUGCGUCGCCAGCUAUAAUCUGGAGCCAGAUCAUAGCAGAGAGUCGAAAGUGAUUGGUUUAAUAUACUUGGAGCAGAUGAAGCAAUUUGUAGUGGCUCUACACAGCGGCAGGAUAUUUCUGUUAACUAACUCUUUCACACAGAUGAAGAAGAUGGAGGUUGUGACUGAGACACAGGACAAUAUUAAGACUUAUUCUCUGGCAGCUGUUUAUAGGAAGAAACGGAUACUAGAAUUAUGGGUUGGACAGAGCUUCGGCAAAAUUUCAAUCUAUGUACUGAAAGAUAAUAGUCUGAUAGACACGUUCCAAGUUUAUCACGUCACUGGAGAGGCAGCUACCAAGAAUCUUUUUGCAACAUAUUUAUUGAGUGCUGAAAACUGUAUUCUAUCAUACACAUAUCCUGGAUGCAUUGUUUAUCAAUGGGAUGUAGACACCAGGCAGAUAAUAAAUAAGUUAGACAUGUCAAAACUAGUACCUUGCUCAGAGAGUCUCAAGUCUAUUUCUAUAGAGGAAAAUCUAUCUACAGAAAAAUGUCAAGUCACAACAUUUGAAACUUGUCGGAGUCAAUUGUACAUUGGUACAACUUGGGGUUGCAUUGUGGUAGCAGAAUGUAAUUCUCUAAGACCAAUCACUGUCUUCAGACCAUUUGAAGGCAAGGUCUGUCAGAUAAUCUCUUUUAAAUCAUCAGAUGAAAAGAAAUUGGUAUUGGCAACUGUUGGCCAGGGUUAUAGAAGCUUAAUUUCAAGGUAUACUGACUAUCCGAUUGACUCAUUAGAUGCAGAAGACCUCAGACACAGCAUGUAUGCUUUAUUGUGGAGGUCUGAGCACUGGUCGGCUGCAUAAAGGUGCAAAGAACAACGGUGAUACAACUAAUUCACAAUUCUAUACGUCCAUGACAUACUUUAGUCUAUAAUCUAAGAUCUCUCGCACUAAACAUGAAAAUUUGUAUCUGUCCGAGCUGUAUGGUGCUUGACCGAAAUAUUUUCUGCGAAUUAUCGUUUAGAUACUGGAGAUAGGAUAAGCAGGAUAUUUUUAUCGUUUGUGAUACGAUAGGAUACAGUUUUUGUAAAUAUUUAAGUUGGCAAGGUAACAGCGAAUAGAAAAUUAAUUUAUUAGUCUCGCAGUAUGUUUGAACAUUUAUUCGAUGAUCUCUGACGUAACGGCAAAGCUUUUGUAUGUUUAAAGUAGUGUAACAUGAAUUAAAUGUGCAACUAGUGUAGGGAAUCUGUAAUAUAUUUGUACAAUGAGCCCUUUAAACUCUUUUGAAUACAAAAUCAGUCUGGAUAGGAUGUACCAUGAACAAAUUUGUUAGUAUAUAGAAUUUUAUGGCAGAAAAACGUGAAAAUGCUUUUUUUUUAAUAUGUGCGAAUAAUAUGAAUGCUUAGAAAUGUAAUUAAGGGAUAUUAUUAACUGGUAGUUCUUCCAUGGUUUCAAUCUUAUAUUUAAUUAUGUCUUCACCUCGAUAGAGAAAAUAUCCCUUAAACAAUUCUCCUCGUAACAUAUAAGGAAACCAAUAUUCAUCAUCCGGCCACAUUUGUUUAAAUGGAAUAUCUUUUAUAUUGUACCAUUUUGGUAGCAUUUCUGAACAAAAAGAAAUAUUUAUAUAUAAUUAGAAAUAUAUCUAUUAGAAAUCUAAGUACACAAAUGAUUCUUUUAGCAAAAGAUUAGGUGUUAAGAUUUUAUUUUGUUACGAAUGUUCCCCUUUAUUUAUUUUAAUUGCACUGUGCAACACCAGUUUUGCAUUUUGUAGGCAAUUUAGUUUUUGAGAAAUUUAAUUUCUAAAACAGAUUGGUGUUACAUAGUGUAAUUAAUCAUUGUCGCAAGAAAUAAUAUAGAAUAAAUGAACAAUGUAAAAUUUCAUUCAAUUAUGAGUUUGUAUGUAGAGAUUAAAUACCUUCAGAUUCUGUUA